CGAGAAACUUAGUGUGUGCCGAGGAAAUCAUGUCCAGAUUCGGGCAUCACUGGCGGACAGUCUCGGGGGUGGUCGGUGGCUUCACAGCAGGAGCAGCUGUCUCCGUCUUUCUGCUGCGGCACUUUGACAAGCCCGUCCCCGUCACUGCAGCUGCUACUGCAGCAGCAACCCCCGCGGAUCAGCUGUUGAGGACGCAGACGCGCGCCCCCGCCUCCACCGCCCCUGCCAGUGCCAGGGAAGGGGAUGUUCCGCCCUCUGUGGUUCCCUCUGCCUCGCGCUACGAAGCGGCCGUCCGCACCUGCAGGGAGCUGGUUCGACAGACCAAAGAAGAGAUGGGAAUCCCUGGUGUAUGUGUGGCAGUGAAUGUCAAUGGCAAGACAGUGUGGACUGAAGGGUUUGGGUAUGCAGAUGUGGAGAAUGCAGUGCCCUGUACUCCAAAUACAGUGAUGCGAAUUGCAAGUAUUAGCAAAUCCAUUACAAUGGCAGCGUUGGCCAGAUUAUGGGAAAGAGGCUUAGUUGAUUUAGACCAACCAGUCCAACAUUACGUGCCCAACUUCCCCCAAAAGUCAUUUGAUGGAGAGCCUGUUGAAAUCACCACAAGAAUGCUUGUCAGCCACUUAUCCGGAAUCAGGCACUGGAAAGGUGGCGAGUCAACAGAUCCUCCAGACAGCUCUGUAGUGCCGGAAUUUUAUAUGAAUACCAAGUUCAAGUCUGUUGAAGAUGCGCUGAGCGUUUUUCAAGAUGAUGAUCUUAUACACAAACCAGGAACCACCUACUUGUACUCAUCUCCUGCAUGGACACUCAUCAGUGCAGUAAUGGAGAAGGCUGCUGGAACGCCAUAUCGUGAUUUAAUGUUGGACUUAUUUAAUCAGCUAGGACUAAGAAAUACUCGUCUCGACUUAAAUGAUGUCCUCACCCCUAAUAGAUCACGGUAUUAUGUUAGAAACAAGCAUGGAAGACUCAUUAACUCGCCAAGUGUUGACAACUCAUGCAAGUGGGCAGGUGGUGGACUCCAGUCGACCGUUGGAGAUCUAGUCAAGUUUGGUGAUGCGAUGUUAUACUGCUAUCAAGGAGGGCCUUCAGGUUAUCUCAAGAAAGACACUAUCGAUGCCUUGUGGACUGUGACACCACACACGAUCAAAGCUCCAAAGAGUCUGGCACCCACCAGUGGGUAUGGAAUGGGGUGGGUUGUGACACCAGAGCUGACGCACUUUGGAGGUGUAGAGCCACAAACAUUGUCUGUCAAUCACACAGGUGGAGCUGUUGGCGCUAGUAGUAUCCUCUUCAUUGAUCCACAGCCAACAAAUGAUCAAAUCGCACCUUCUGGCAUUACUGUAGCAAUUAUUGUGAAUAUGCAGUCAGUUGGGCUAACGCGGUUGGCUAGAGAAAUUUCAAAAUGUUUUUUAAAUUCUAAGCAGCACCUACUGUGAGAUACUAAUAUUUGGUUUGAAUAAGACUAAAUAACUUAUUCUGUUAUAGAUCAGUAAAAUAAUUGGGUUCAAUAAAAAAUUAAAGAAAGACAAA